AUGAGUUGGGGUGGUUUCAAAAAGGCCAUAAAUCGAGCAGGUAACAGUGUGCUCAUCAAGAAUGUCGACAAAACUGUAGAUAAAGAAUAUGAUAUUGAAGAGCGUCGUUACAAGACCCUUGAGAGAGCCGGAAAGGAGCUGCAAAAGGAAGCCAAGGGCUACCUGGACUCUCUUCGUGCAGUCACAGCAUCACAGGUGACCAUCGCAGAGGUAAUUUCAAGUCUUUACGAUGAUUCGAAGUCUGUGAGCGGUGGUGGCUAUAACGUUGGAAAUUACUACCUUCAAUGCGUUCAGGAUUUCGAUUCAGAGACGGUCAAGCAACUAGACGGGCCUUUCAGAGAGACUGUAUUGGAUCCUAUUACCAAGUUUUCAACAUACUUCAACGAAAUUGCGGACGCAAUUAAAAAAAGAGAUCACAAGAAACAAGACUACGACGCAGCAAAGGCUAAAGUACGUCGACUAAUCGACAAACCCGCCAAAGAUGCUUCCAAGCUUCCAAGGUCAGAAAAGGAACUUACAAUGGCAAAGGAGAUUUUCGACAACUUGAAUGAGCAGCUCAAGACCGAAUUACCGCAAUUGGUGUCAUUAAGAGUGCCCUACUAUGACCCAAGUUUCGAGGCUCUCGUCAAAAUACAGCUGCGAUUUUGCACUGAGGGAUAUACACGGCUUGCACAAAUCCAACAAUACCUCGACCAGCAAUCAAGAGAUGAUUAUGCUAAUGGUCAACUCGAUGAAAAGAUUGCGGAACUCUUGCAACAAAUGAACAGUCUAAACAUCUGUGCCCUAGGCUUUAAGUGA